UAUCAACACAAAAAUGGCUGAUGUGGUCAUAAAGAACGGUAGUGCAAAUGGAAGUGAAAUUAUUAAAGUAUCCAUCGAAAAUGAACGCGUAAAUUCAUGUGAUAAAGAUUUAGAAGAUCCAGAUGUGUCUCUCACCAAAACUUGGGGUUUCAAUCUCGAGGAGCUCUUCAAACUAGCUUUGAAAUUCUACCGAGAACAAGAUGGCAAAGCUGUCAAUUUUUCCUAUCAAGAUAAAAUGAAACUACUAGCAUACAUGAAGCAAAUUAGUCAUGGGAAAUGUGAGCCUGAGAAACUUCGGCCAGUAGGUGUCCUUGAUGUAAUCGGAAGAGACAGAAGAUUGGCAUGGCAAAACUUAGGAGAUAUGUCAUCUACAGAAGCAAAACUAAACUUUAUUAACUUAGUAGAUCAAGGUUGUCAGUUGUUCAAGCCGUAUGUUCAAGCUCAUAAAACAAAUUUACUGGAACAAGAGAGACUUCAGAAGGAAAAGGAAAACGAGGAGAAAGCUGAAGCAGAAAGAUUAAGAUUGGAGGAAGAGAAACAGAAAAAGAAUGAAGAAGAAAAACUGAAGCAAGAAGCCCAAAGACGUUUAAUUCAAGAAGAAUUGAAUCAACAAACUUUUACUCAGUUUAAAUCUUAUGCUGAACAGCAGUAUCCAGGCAAUCCUGAACAACAAGCGGUCUUGGUGAGGCAACUUCAAGAUCAACACUAUCAUCUUUAUAUGCAGAAAAUUUUACACAAUGACAAUAAAGUGGGGGUAGAGACAAACCCAUUAGGAGUUCCUAAUCUUGGCAACAGCACAGAAGAAUCGCCAUCAGAAACACAGUCUGAAGGGGAUACAGAAACUAUACCUACAAUGCAACCUGCUUCAAUGUGGACUCGCAAAGAUGUCAAAGAGUUCAAAGAGUCGAUCAGAAAGGAAGGCGGUGAUGCAAUUAUCAAAGUUGGACACGGAGAAACUGUUACUGUGAGAGUUCCAACUCAUGAAGAUGGGUCGUGUCUAUUUUGGGAAUUUGCAACAGACAAUUAUGAUAUCGGUUUUGGUGUGUAUUUUGAAUGGGGUAAAUCAGAAUCAAAUCAGGUGUCUGUACAUGUCUCGGAAAGUGAAGAUGACGAGGAUUUAGAAGAUGAAGAAGAGGAUGAUGAUUUUAUGGAUGAACCUCGUGGUGACUCUGAAAUGGGACUUCACCGGUUAAACAAUAGCAGGCUACUGAAUAAUCGACCCCCAAUGUCCAUCAUUAUACCAGUUUAUCGCAGAGAUUGCCAGGAUGAGGUCUACACUGGAAGUCACCAGUAUCCUGGUCAAGGCGUUUAUCUAUUAAAGUUUGACAACUCUUAUAGUCUAUGGAGAUCAAAAACACUCUAUUAUCGAAUCUACUAUACACAUUGAAAUCCUAGACUCAAUACAUUAGUGGUGAAAUUUUCCUGCUGAGAAAAUGUAUGAAACUGUGAUCUCUCGGACCAUCAAUGGUAUCAGCUAAGAUCAUUUACCUUUCAAUACCCUCCUCUCUUAAAUCAACGAAUGUGUGGAAGAGCACAGUUUAUUUAAAAUUGUUUGUUCUUUUAUGUACACUAUUUUCCUCAUGUUUUGGUUCAAUUAACCCUUAUUUUUGUGUUCCUUUUUCUAAGUUUUUUUCCCUUUUUUUUCUUUGUCUUAUGGUCUUAAAAUGUAUGAUGCUGCCUCUGAGAAUUCAUCAUUAAAAACGGAAAAGAAUUUUUCAUUUUAAGGAGAGAAUAGAGAACUAAGUAAAUUUCCCUUUUACCACAGAUAAAGUUAAAUUAGUUACUUUUCUCAUUAAUUGUUUCAAUCUUAAACUUAUAAAGAGGGAAAGUAACAGUCUGUAAACAUCACCAAAGGAAAAUUACCUCCAUGUUUUCUCUCUAUAAUCUGUAAAAAAAAAAAAGAAAAACAAUGUUCACCUGGUAUUUCUUACUAUGACAUUUCUCAGCUGGCUGUUAAGCUGUAUGAACUUAAAAAGGGAAAUCGGGCAAAUUACUAAGCUUCGAGUAGACUCUUUUCUUUUCAAAUCAGAUUUCUAAGUUUUCAACUUGUGUCAUAGAUUUGUUUGGGAAAAUUACAUAUUAAAAUGUUUUAAUAUUGAUCCUGAAGAAUGAGGUAUGCUAACUAAUGAAAGGUGUUCAGAGUGAUGUGAAGUACCAAAUUCCUAAUGCACAAACUAUUUGAAUUGUCUCUUGAAUCUUAUCUUAAUUUCAGGUUUUCUAAGGUAAAAUUCUCAAAUAUUUUUCAGAUUGACUUGUUGAACUGCUCAGUUCUCCUCAACAUGAUAUUUCUGAAAGCCAGUUUCUUCUCAUUUGUAGGUACAUGUUAUGGUAGCAAAAACAUGCCACAUAAUUGGCUUUACAGCAAUAUACUAGGUAACAUGUUUCUUUCAAGAAUAAUGCUAUUUUUAUUUUACCCAUCUUAAAUGAAAGUCUGAUGUACAUUUGUUUUGUCUCUUAAAUACUUGCAGUUGAAGCAGAUCUUGUUCUUUGCUUUAAAAAUGUAUCAUUGUGAAUCAUUUACUCAACAAAUCCCUGAAUCCAAUUCUGCCUACAAGAGAAGCCUAGAUACUAUCUCUUGAGUGAGAAAAAUAAAGCAAAAAAUCAUGCAAAUCCAACUGAACUUGGCUAUUUUUCGCCACUAAAUCUUAAUCUUGUCCAAAUUUUUUUACUGAAACAUUUGUUUUCUUUUAAAGAAUCUCCCCAUUACUGGAGCCCCAAUUCAGAACUGUUUUAAUCGUCUCCUUAUUUUUGGCUAAAUUUAUUUUCAAGAAAUGUUAAGUUUGAAUUUAAUUUAUUGAAUUAUUUAUUAAUACAUUUUCUGUAUUCUUAAUUAUUGUUUAAUGUUUGACGCAGAGGCCAUUGAAAUCCAAAAAAAGAUUGUAGAGGCACUCUGGGACAAAAGAGCUAUCUCAACAACCUAACUUCUUGAUAUCUAGUAUGAGUAUCGUAGCUCCUGUGAUGUAGGAUUGUAACUCAAGUUUUGCAUAAGCUAUAGAAAGCGCAGAAUUAUUUAGACAAAAAAGCUUAUCCCAGAAUGGAGUUACGCCUUUUUGUCAAAGAAGCGAUGAUAUCUAAGUAUUUUCCUCUCAAAAAAGUUCUUAUGUAAGGGGUUAGGUCCAAAACAUUAGUCUAUUUUCAUCCAGUUUUUAAAAAAAAUGUGCAUCAAAGUUUUCCUAACUAAUACGUAUGUAACAGAGAGACUACUCCUUUGUGUACAUCAUUUUUGAAAUGUUCAUGAAUGUUAUUUAGGUAACCUAGGGGCAAAUUUUAACAGUCCCUCUCCCGAUACUUAAAUAUACCUAGGAUGAGUUAUGACUAUACUUAAGUCUGUCCCUGCUAUCCUUAUGGUAAUUAGUCGGAGGUGCGGUUUGGACUCAUAAAUGAAUGUUACAUUCCGUGGAAAAGCGCUGACAAUUUUCGGCCCUUACUUACUAUUUCAAGUAAACUUGCUUUGAAUUCUGUUUAAACUUUUUGCUUUAUCAAAACAAUGGUAGUAGUGAUUGCUCUUUUGGUUCAAAGUACUGUAGUUUCUCAAUUGUGAUAUCACCUCCAUGUCAUUUCUCGUUUCAAUUUUUUCUUUAGAAGUGGUUCUUAACUUCAUGAUUACUAUCUUCCCUUAAAAAACAGUUAUCAGCCCUAAUUUUAAACAAUGAAAAAAUCAAACAAAGUGUAAGCAAUGAGCGUAAGAAUUUAAAUAUCACAAAGGUCAGGCUUGAUAGAACAUCGUAAAAAUUAAGUCUUCAAUUUCGGGGCCAACUCUUGGUUAUAUCCUGUUACAUGCCUAGGUUGCUACCAUGCACUCCCACCGUUUUUGUUCUGUUUCUUUAUUGAUGUCAUUAUUAAAUUUUAGUUUCAUUCUAUCAUUACCAUCAAUUUAUUUAUCGCAAUUCUCUUCUCUCCACGAACAACUCAGGCUGAGCCUUAUUUGCCUCCUUCGAUGAGUUGGCCCAGGUUUGACCUUGAUAAUUUCAAACUUUGUUUUGUUUUAAGAUUUCUUCUGGCUGUUAAAUCCUCCAAUAAUUUUAUGGAUAUUGUGCUCUUGUUAAAUCGUGUGAAAUAAAGUCUGUUAAUGCAGAAAAGUAUAAUGACUGCAAUCCAAGAAA